CUUCCAUAACCCGCCGAAGGCCCAAACCAAAAAUCAGAGGGCAGAGGCAACAGAGUUUAAUGGCUCAACGUCUGCAAAUCGAACCCCUACCGGAUGCAAGUAGGGAUCUAAUAAGUUAUCUGCCGGGAGAGGUAAAGAACAAAAUUUUGGAGUGUUUGCCCACCCGAGACGCUGCCAGAACUGCUCUACUCUCAACCCAUUGGAAUGAUGUUUGGUUGCAGCAUGGACAGCUUGCGUUUGAUUGGAACUUCUUCGGGUGUUUCGGAAACUACAAAGGUCAUGGUCCUGUAUCUUAUUUUAAAGUAAUAACAUACAUUCUCUUGAAGCGUGUUCGACCCGUGAAGAAAUUUAGUCUAGCCAUCACUGCCCUCAGAUUUAAUUCACCUAAGCUGGAGCAGUCCGAUUUAGAUCAGUGGUUUCUUUCUCUAUCAAGAAAUGGCGUUGAGGAAGUCUACCUCUCUCAUGGGGAAGGUCGAUAUAAGCUGCCUCUUUGUAUAGUCUCGUGCCGGACAAUCAAGCAGCUGGGACUCUGCGAUGUGUCUUUUGAUUUCCCACUAAAUGCUCCUUGUAUUUUUCCCUCUGUCACUUCAUUAGAUUUCCGGUCUGUUGUUUUUAAUCAUAAUGCUAAUGGAAUUGUGUAUAGUAUUCCUAAUCUUGAGAAGCUUGUUUUAUUUUAUUGUGGAGGGAUCAAUAAUUUUAAGAUUAGUGCUCCAAAACUUGAAAGCUUGUCUAUUACUGGUGAUAAAUGUGUGGUUGAAUCGAGAUGGUUUGCACUUCAUUUGAAAGCAAUUAAGGUUCUAUGCAUGGAGGGCCGCUUGUUGUUGAAUUGGGAAGAUGUUGAAGUAGCCUCCUUCCCAACUGCAAUAAAUCUGCAAGUAAUCGAACUGCAUUCUUUCAAGUUUGCCGAUGAAAAGCAGCUCAUGGGUAUUUUGCAGUUGCUUCAAAAAUCUCCCAACCUAUGUGAACUGGCCAUUACAGGAACAUGUUCAGAUGAUGACAUAGAAGCUGCUUCAACACUUCUGAAGGAUCUGGAGAGUUGCAUUAUUAAUCAGGAUCUAAAAAUGCUUAAAACAAUCAAGAUUGAUCUGUUUUGUGGAUCUACAAUUGAAAUGUUUUUUGUGAAAAUGCUGCUCUCAAAAUCCCCUAUACUAGAGAGAGUUGUUAUUACGGAAUCUUAUUUUAUAAAAGAUGGCUGCACGGUGAUCAAGUUCCGAAGGGAGUUGCUGUGCUUCCCUCGGGCAUCUCCAAAAGCACAAAUUGUCAUCAUCAAGGGCAAAGACUAUGCUCAAGGACUGGAUGGUUUAACCAUAUGAUGAAGCUCUGUGGGUUUAGUUUGGAUGUAAAGGAUGCACCUUGUUUCCUACGUUUUUCUGUAAGUAUAAUGUUAGUAAUGUAUUUUGAAUCCGGAAGCAGUAGACUCCAAGAAUGUUCUUCUUUUUGCUAAUGUUAAUUCUACUAGAUUUUACAUA